UUCUCUCUCGUUGGGAAGCCACUUCCGGUAAAGUUGGCGCUUGCGCAGAAGAGACUCCCGGGCUCUUCGGGUAUCAGUUUUUCUUCCCGGAGCAAGGACCCCCAAGACGGAAGAGGAUGGCCGCGGCGGCUCUGAGGAGAUUUUGGUCCCGGCGCCGCGCAGAGGCAGGCGACGCGGUAGUGGCGAAGCCGGGAGUGUGGGCGCGGCUGGGGUCCUGGGCCCGCGCGCUGCUCCGGGACUACGCCGAGGCCUGCAGGGAUGCGGCGGCGGAGGCUAGUGCCCGGCCGGGGCGCGCGGCCGUGUAUGUGGGUCUGCUGGGCGGCGCGGCGGCCUGCUUCACGCUGGCGCCGAGCGAGGGUGCCUUCGAGGAGGCGCUGCUGGAGGCGUCGGGGACCCUCCUGCUGCUGGCGCCGGCCACCCGCAACCGCGAGUCCGAAGCCUUCGUGCAGCGGCUGCUCUGGCUGCGGGGCCGUGGCCGCCUGCGCCACGUCAACCUGGGACUCUGCUCGCUGGUGUACGAGGCACCCUUCGACGCCCAGGCAAGCCUCUACCAGGCGCGUUGCCGCUACCUGCAGCCCCGCUGGACCGAUUUCCCCGGCCGGGUCCUGGAUGUGGGCUUCGUGGGUCACUGGUGGGUGCUGGGGGCCCGGAUGCGCGACUGCGACAUCAACGACGACGAAUUCCUGCACCUGCCGGCUCAUUUGCGGGUGGUCGGGCCCCAGCAGCUGCAUUCCGAGACCAACGAGCGCCUCUUCGAUGAGAAGUACAGGCCUGUCGUGCUCACCGACGAUCAGGUGGACCAGGCGCUGUGGGAGGAGCAGGUCUUGCAGAAGGAGAAGAAGGACAGGCUCGCCCUGAGCCAGGCGCACUCGCUGGUGCAGGCGGAGGCCCCGAGAUGAAACCCUGAGGCCCCCGAGUCCUGGCAAACUGCUUGCCUGGGGUGGUGUAGUUCUGAGUGUGCCUCACCUGCAGAACAACUGAGACAGAUGAUGUGCAAAGUGUUUUCUCACUGGAUUUGCACAAGUUUGGGGAACCUUUCUGCCCCCCCGUCUUUGUUCUUUAUUAGCUGAAGCUAAUUCAGCGCCACCUGGGUCCAGGAGUUUGGGGACAGCAGAAAGACUUGACACAUGUUCAUCACUGGCAGAGCUGGUCAUGAGCCUUUUAUAUAAGCCUUUUUCAUUGGGCCUCAGAGGCCCUCAAGGAGGUACCACAUUGGUCAGGUGACUUGCAAACUCUUCUAAGACCACUUAGAUUUUCUUUUUCAAGUUUGGGUUGUGACCUGGCAUAGUGAUGUCUGUAAUCCCAGCAUUUUGCAAACUGAGGCAAGAGGAUCGCUUCAGGCCAGGAGUUUGAGACCAGCUCGAGUGACAUAGCAAGAUGCUACAAAAAGAAUAAUAAUAGUAAUUAACUGAAUAAAAUUUGAGCUGAAAUGUUUUUAUUCUAUGAUCUAUUCUCUCUCGAUUUUUUUUUUUUUUUUUUUUUUGAGACAGGGUCUCGCUCUGUUUCGCCAGCUGGAGUGCAGUGGCACAAUCUCGGCUCACUGCAACCUCUGCCUCCCAGGUUCAAGCGAUUCUCCUGUCUCAGCCUCCUGAGUAGCUGGGAUUACAGGCCUGUGCCAACAUGCCUGGCAAAUUGUUGUAUUUUUAGUAGAGAUGGAGUUUCACCAUGUUGGCCAGGCUGGUCUUGAACUCCUGACCUCAGGUGAUCCGCCUGCCUCACAUUUCCAAAGUGCUGGGAUUAUAGGAGUGAACCACCACACCCGGCCUUUCAUUUUGAUAAGUAACGUUUUUGCCAUUCCCAGCUCUUUCGGAGGCUGAGGUAGGAGGAUUGCUUGAGAUCAGGAGUUCAAGACCAGUUUAGGCAAAAUAGUGAGACCUUUCUCAAAAACUAAAAUAUUUGGAAGGGUAAAGCAGGCGAAUCACUUGAGCCUAGGAGUUCAACACCAGCCUGGGCAAUAUGGCGAAACCCCGUCUCUACAAAAAAUACAAAAAUUUACCAAAAGUGUUGAAUGAGAAUUCAAAAUAUGUAUACGUAGAAAAAUUAGUAAGGAAAAAAAUAAGGCUGGGUGCAGUGGCUCACGCCUGUGAUCCCAGCACUUUGGGAGGCUGAGGUGGGUGGAUCACAAGGUCAAGAGCUCGAGACCAUCCUGGCCAACAUGUGAAACCCCGUCUAACAAAAAUUAGCUGGGCGUGGUGGCGCACACCUGUAAUCCCAGCUACUGGGGAGACUGAGGCAGGAGAAUCGCUUGAACCCGGGAGGUGGAGGUUGCAGUGAGCAAGAUCAUGCCACUGCAUUCCAGUCUGGGCAACAGAGUGAGACUCUGUCACAAAAAAAAAAAGAAAAGAAAAGAAAAAAUAACAUAAAACUGAAGUAUUAAGGGAGUGAUGCUACCUCAGUGGCCUGGGCAAGUUAAUAAAACCAGGUGAUAAAACAAC